CCCAUCUUCAUUGUCAUAGGUACCUGGCUCACCCCAACACGACUAACCUCACAAUGGCCUCUUCCGACUUCAGACUCUGCAUUUUCUGCCGAAAGCUUGAGCCUGCCUCAACGCCGUGUCCCAAGCAGAAAUCCCGAGAUUCAGCAAAAGAGUCGGACCACUUCGGACCAGAGGAGCAGUUCAAUCAACUUUGCCCGCUCUCUGCCCAUGAUGAAAAGCUUCUCAAGCAACUCCAAGAUAAGCCCAGCUCGCUCUGCAAACGAUGCGCCGACUACAACCCCCUCAAGGUCUUCGAGCUCUCGGAGCCACUCCCCUCGGGCCUCAUUCCCGAAGACAGUGACAAAUUCAGGGACUACUUCGUCCGCCUCAAGCCCUAUGAGCUCGACCUCGGUGAACUCGGAUCGCUCACCUUGCAAGCGUCGUGCCCCUUCUGCCGGCUCGUUUACCGCAUUAUGCCCACUGAGGCCAUACGUCCCGACACCAAGGGCAUGAGGCUCACUCCCUACCCUGCCUAUGUCCGACAUGCCGGCUGGCAGUACCUUGCUGAGGAGACAAGGACUAAAAGUGCCAUCUUCUUGGGUCUGCGCCAUCUCAGCCACAUGAUCCACGACCUCCAAGUUCCUUUGCUCUUCUCAGACAAUGAACCAGGUGUGCAAAGCUCUGAAAUGACGGGCCCUGCUAUAUGCUUGGCCACUGAAGACACGUGCCAUGACCGGAAACAGUACAAUGGACGGUUGAUUGAGCCGUUUGUUGACUUUGGGUUUGCGAGGAAUGGUCUCGAUGUUUGCUGGAAAAACCACAAAGAAUACUGCAUCUCUACGAAGCCCAAGGAGUUAUUCACCACAAAGAUGAUCGAUGUCCUUGAACGCAAGGUGGUUCCCUACCCAGAGGGAUGCGAGUAUGUCGCUCUAAGCUAUACUUGGGGUGGAAUCAUGCCGGAGGAAGGGGCCUUGGAAAAGAAGACUCUGCCGCAGACCAUUGAGGACUCCAUCACUGUCACCAAGAAACUUGGGAAGCGCUAUCUCUGGGUCGACGCCCUCUGCAUCAAUCAGAAACCCUGGGACACACUCUCCGUCCAAGAGAAAGCCGAAAAAACUCAGCAACUCGCCAUGAUGGAUCUCAUCUACCAAUGCGCCACCGUAACCCUCGUUGCCCUCUCUGGCCAGAACUCCAACGCUGGCCUUUGCGGAGUCUCGCGGAAACGGGAGAUGCAACUUCAUGAGAUUAUCAACGGCCGCACGCUCUUCACCAUCCCCGCUGUCGUCGAGGACGAAAUGGCCGCUUCAGCAUGGGACACUCGGGCCUGGACCUUCCAGGAAGGCAUGCUGUCCAAGCGGUCCCUCUUCUUCUCUGACAAACAGCUCGGCAUCUCCUGCCAGCGCUUUGGAGCACCCGAUGCCUAUGAUCCCAGUUGUUACGAGCAUCUAUCGGACCGGCCCAUGGAUUUCUUUAGGCAGUUGAUGAAUGGGUUUAACCUUACUGAUACCGACAUCUCCGUAACAGACCCUCAACGCAUCCUCCUCUACACAGGUCUCAUCAUAGACUACACCAGCCGUCAAAUGUCCUGGCCUUCAGACUCCCUCAACGCCUGUCUCGGUUUGCUUUCCGCCCUCCAGCGCCAUCUCUUCCCUUCCGGAUUCGAAUGGGGCCUUCCCCUGCGCCAAUUUCCUCUCACCUUGGGCUGGUCCCACGAUUGGUCCUUUCCCAAGCCCGAGAGGCUACACAAGGACUCCCCGCCGUGGGACAUCGCCCGCCCGCAAAGGCGAGAGGGCUUUCCGUCGUGGAGUUGGUGCGGCUGGGAGGGGCACGUCACGUUCGAUCAGACCUCUUUGCUAGAUGGUUCGCUUGUGACUGCUGGUAAAGGGCGAAGAGGGAGGGACGUGAAGAGUGAUAUGGUUCCGGAGUUUGUCGGCUGCGAAGGCAAAAAACUGACCAUCAACGGCUACGUUUGCAACUUCUACAUCCGCACGGAGCCGUUUAGCGAGGCGUUCCUCAAGAAACCGGAGAAUGAGGAUGAGCAACCAUUCGGCAUCGUGUCGGAGAGAAACUUUCCUCACCCAUAUACGCUCAAGACGGGGGAGUAUGAGUGUCUGGUUGUCGAGAGAUUGAGGCACACACAAGACGAAGAGUUUGUCAAAGACACAGUGUACAUGAUUGUGUUGGAUUGGGUUAUAAGCCAGGACGGAAGGGGAGAAGUGGCAGAGAGGAGAACGUUUGUUACGGUGCAGAGUGAUGUUGAGUUUGAAAAGGUGAAGCCGGUGAGGAGGGUGGUGCACUUGGAGUAACGCCCACUCCAUAUCUUCGGCGUAAAGUUUACCCCGUGCAUGAACGAGCUGGUCCAGGCAACGACAUUAUUGUUCAUUCUCGCAACCUCGAAAUUGCAACAUCACACGGAAACUACAAUACUCCUCGGCCGACGCAGGAUCCUUCAAGUCGCAGUGUAGCAUCUUUGCUUUAUAAUGAUUCAGUUGAUUACAUAUUUUUCACGCACAUGGAAUCAUCAAGAAGUCGU